AUGAAGAUUACGACAAUUCCUUAUCAGUCUGAUACCGACUUUACAUACCAGGGAGAAGAUGAGCAUCAGGACCGUCCGCAAUUGCCCGCUUUCUUGGAGCUGAGUGACGGGCUCAUCAAACCGGAGGAUAUUCCGCUGAAUAGAAGAAACUUCAUUUAUACUCCGUGUUCUGCAAACGUUCUUUUCCCGGAGCUCAAAUACAGCACUACCGAGUACCCUUUCGAGCAGCCUGGGCUCAAUUAUAUGGACAGAGCGGAUGAUUUAUGCCUGGCCCCAGGAUCCAAUGAUACAGUCGCUGUUCAGAAAUCGCUAGGAUGGAGAACUGGGCGAUGUGACGCGUGUAUUAAAGAAGGAACAGUAUACUGGGAGGUCGAGAUAGUGAACGGCGGUGUCCCCGAUAGCCAAGGAGCAGAGUCGCUGAAGCUAGUAAAAGACAAGCUCAACAGCACUCCGCACGUGCGCGUUGGGGUUUCUAGACGGGAGGCAUCCUUGGAGGCCCCUGUUGGCUUCGAUGCAUACGGUUACGGGAUCCGGGACUUUUGUCUGGAGUCUGUCCACGAUGGCAAACUACAGCAGAUGCUCCCAGUGAGCCAGAUCAAGGCUGGAGACCGGCUCGGUUUUCUGCUCCAUCUUCCGCCCAUACAAGAACAGGUGAUUCAGGCACAGAGCUACACAAAAUUCAAGAUAGACGCUUUGUCUUCGUAUGAAGCGGGUGCGGGCAGCAACGCCUCUGCCAACGCCGAUGGGCCCCUUAGGAAAAAAGCCAAAAAGCUUAACCGGGAAUUUCAAAAAGAGCUGCUCCGUGAGCAAGAGCACUCCAAUGUGGUGCGCGACCAGAUUGCCAUACGUUACAAAAACCAACUUUUCUUCGAAGCUACUGACUACGUCAAGACCACGAAACCUGAGUACUAUACAUCCGAUAGACGAGAGAGGCACGACUACUAUACUCUCCAAGACUCUUACCUCAAAGUCUUCUUAAAUGGCAAAGAACUUGGUACCGCGUUUGAGAAGCUUAAUCCAUUUUUACCGCCUUUUAGUGAGAUAAAAUAUAACGAGAAGCUUAAUUUUAACUACUGGAAAAACGAAGCGGGUUUUGGAGAUGCAGAUAACCUUAAAUCAGGGCAUGAUGCUAUACGAAAGAAGUCUAUUCUAAGGAACAAGUUCGUGAACAACGGAAGGUUGGGAUAUUACGCUACCAUAAGCUGCUUCAAUGGAGGAAGCGGUAGAUUGGUAACAAGCAUUAACGAUAUGCAUCACUGGAAUCCUCUAAAGGCUUCAACUCCUGAUGCAAGGACACUGCAGGACGUCUUCGAGGAGCAAGUGGCCGAAGAUGUUGUAUGGGACAUUAUAGAUGAGGUCGAGGCGGAGAUGCUCUGCCGAUGA